AUGGACUUCCUUAUGGAGCGAUUAAAGCUCUCGCCCCAGCGGGCCCAUGCGAUUGUGGCGCGGCAGCCCAACCUCCUCACCCUCCUGCCAAAGCCGCUGGUCGAGCGCCGCCUCGCGUCCCUUGGACGCGCCCUGAGCCUGCCGUCCGCCGACGCGGCCGCCGCGGCCGCCGCGCGCGCGCCCGCCGUGCUGCUGGAGCCGCCAGAUCUGAUUGAGGCCCAGAUCGCCAACCUCGGGCGCAUCGUCGGCGUCCCGGCGCCCGAGGCGGCCGCGAUGGCGGCGCAGCAGCCGUCGCUGCUGCUGCUGCCGCCGCAGGUCAUGCGUGCGCGGCUCGAGGCGCUGGCGGCGGCGCUCAAGGCUGAUGUAGAAGACGCCCGCCUGGCUGUUGUGAAGCGGCCCGCGUUGCUCAGCGCCCCGCCCUCGGUGCUGCGCAAGGCGGCCGAGGAGGCGGGCGUGCCGUGA